UGCACUUUACGUAAAUCAUCUUGUGUGGUCUUCACAAUAAUGCUGAGCAGGUUGUAGUAUUAUUCCCAUUUCACAGAUGGAAAAACUAAAGUUUUGCAAGAGUAAGCAGUUUACCAGAGGCCACAGUUCAUAAGAGAUCUAGGAACUCCGCCUGCAUAGUCUGUAAACUUAACCAUUUUGUGCAGCUGAGGGAGAGAGGGAUGGCUGGGGGGUGGAUGGAAGGAGUUAUUUGGGGAAAGGCAGACUUGGAGGAAAAGUCCACCAAGGUUUCUUACAUGUGCUAGCUCUCAAACUGCAAAAUAUCUGUUUACCUUGAUACAUAAUUAUUUGUUUAAACAGCAACGGACCUUCUUCUCUGAUUUCAGCAUUUACACAGGAAGUUCCUACAACGAGGUGCUUGCCAGUCGCCCUUCCCCAGAUCCCGAAUGCACCCCUGGCCAGGUGGCGCAGAGGACAGUCACUCUGCUGGUCAUGCUGAGCUCAUACUCUAAUGGCUGUUCCAUGAGGUCAAGACUGAGGCCCCUCCCUUCUCCCACUUUACCAAUGCCUGGUCUCAUGGGGUUAGUUUGGAGCCCACCACGAUGGCAUCAUCAACCUCCUCCCCGGCUCCUGGCUCCAGGUCCAAGAAGCCUCUGGGCAAGAUGGCUGACUGGUUCAGGCAGGCCCUGUCGAGGAAGCCCACGAAGAAGCCCGUCUCCCCAGAAAGCGCCCCCAGCGACGUUUCACAGCCGAGCUCACCGGACAGCCCCCCAUCCCUGGGCCGCAGCUCAGAGGUGUCUCCCAUCCCUACACCGUCGCACGGGGGCGCCGACGGCGGCGGCGGCGGCAGCAGCAGCAGCGGCCGCUGGAGCAAGGACUAUGAUGUGUGCGUGUGCCACAGCGAGGAGGACCUGGUGGCCGCCCAGGAGCUGGUCUCCUACCUGGAGGGCGGCGCCGCCAGCCUGCGCUGCUUCUUGCAGCUUCGCGACGCCACCCCCGGCGGCGCCAUCGUGUCCGAGCUGUGCCACGCUCUGAGCAGCAGCCACUGCCGCGUGCUGCUCAUCACCCCGGGCUUCCUCCGGGACCCGUGGUGCAGGUUCCAGAUGCUGCAGGCGCUGAGCGAGGCCCCCGGGGCCGAGGGCCGCACCAUCCCGCUGAUGUCCGGCCUCAGCCGAGCCGCCUAUCCCGCCGAGCUCCGAUACAUGUACUUCGUGGACGGCCGCGGUCCCGAACGUGGCUUCCGCCAAGUCAAGGAGGCUGUCAUGCGGUACCUGCAGACCCUUGGCUGAUGCUUGAUCCAUCACCACUGCACCCAGACAGUUGGAGAAGAGUGGGAAAUGCAGUUAGAGAGCCCAGGGCCUGGGAUUCCAGCAGACACAGAGUUGUAAGGAGUGAGUUUGCAGGACACUGUAUGUGACCCAGGGAUCAGACUGUCUGUGGCCUCCAUAUCCUUGGGCUCUCAGGAAGGACCCAGGGAAGUUGGGGAGCCCCUCCAGGGAGGCCUGGCGAGGCUGGGGAUUCCCCCAGGAAGGCCUGGGGAGACUGGGGACUUCCCCAAGAAGGCCUGGGGAGACUGGGGAUCCCCCAGGAAGGCCUGGAAGAGCCAGAAAUCGGAGGCGGGAGGAAGUGCUGAUACCAAGAUAUGGCCCACGUGAUGCCGCCUGCAUGACUGGACUUGAAGCCUGGCAGGUCAUAUCUAUGUCUUCAGCCCCUGGAAUCGGGCACUGGUGUUGAGGUGCAUUCCUCUUGAAGAGGUGGCUCACCUGAGUAAGGAGCUGGAAUCCUGGACCACUUGCCUCAGCUGCGUGGUUUUCCCAGGUGCGGGGAAGCCCUGAGCAGGCGUCAGGACAAAGCAACAGGUAUGCUGUCUUUCACACUCACACUCCUGCCGGGGUCUCCCUGUGAUGUCGUUCACAUCUAAAAGGUAUGUGGAAGAUGCCCUCAGCACUGUUGUUUCCACUGCACGCCUGUGAUUCAAGACCCACACCUAGAGCCCAUUCAGAAGAGACAGGAGAGAGCGGGGAGCAGGUGGGGCAAAGAGAAGGGAAACUCAGAUCUUUUAGCUGGGAUCAAAAGCCCUCUCACUGAUCACUGACAUGUGGGGGCUUCAUCACAUGUCUGGCCAGAACUCACGCUUUCUCAUGCAGAGAGCCCCUCACCUCUGCACUCAGAGGAAUCAGUGUAUUUCCUCUGGAGGAUGGUAUGUUUUCAAUAAAACUUGUUGAGCUGAAAUGAACUUAUUACUUCCCUGAUGUAUACUUUUGUGUCUCUUCGUCCACUCCCCCCUCCCCCACCACAUCUCCUUUUACUGAAAAAAAUAUACACAUAUAUAUUUUUCUAAAAACUGAGAUAUAAUUGACAUAUAUUAGUUUCAAGUGUACAUGAUGUGCUAUCUGCAUAUAUGAAAAAACCUUUAAUUACAAAUUAUCUUAUUACAUAUGAAAGGACUAAAGAAUAAUGUAGUACACUCACCUACUCUACACCCAGCUUAUUUUUUUAUACAAUACAUUGUAAUUUUUAUUUUAUUUUUUUCCAGUUUAGGAUUUUUAUUAUUUUUUUUCCAUUUA